AAUUGGAUGACCAGUUAUUAGAAUUAUUAUCUCCAGCAAUGCGAAAAAAAAUUAUUGACCCAUCUACAAAAAAUAAAUGGGCCAAAUCACUUGAAUAUAUGCAGUGUAAAAUUAAAGAUAUAAUUAUUCCAGAUGGGUUUGCCGAUACAGUAUCAGGAUUGAUUCGGGAUAAUAAUUCAAAAAAUCAAACUUUCGAUUCUUCUACCAAUAUCGAUACUAAAGAGGAGCCAGCAUCUAAUGAGAAAAAAGAGUCCCAAAAUUCUAUUCCAAGAUUCAAAUCAUAUCAG